UGAUUUUUAAUGAGUGGCUCUAUGCUACGUGGCAACUGCAAAUGGCACGAGGGAGUUCUGUGUUUGUUGUCUCUACAGUCUCCAGAGAACAUAUAUUUUGUUUACAAGGCAAACCAUUUAUAAAUGCCAAAUCCUGCAAAUUCUAGCUGGAACGAGACCAGGAAAUAGCUCCACUGCAGAGUUUACCAUGGGCUGGUUCUGCCCAAGACUGUCUAUUCCGCAGGAACACCCUCUGCUCAUAUCCACAUCCAUACAAGGUCCCAGGCUUGGCACCAUGUACCCCAUGCUGCACCCUGGAUGUUCCCAGCACUAUUUUAAGAACUGUUUUGUUGCGUGUUAUUAGCAGGUUUGUUUGUAAUUCCUGACCUCCCAAAUGUUCUUAGUCCAUUAAUUUAGUGAGUUAAGGCAUUUCUGGCUCAAUGUGCUCCUCAUUCCCAUUUACUCCAUCCAGCCCGUGUCAGAGUACGGAUCAGUCCAGUGGGAUGAGGCACCCCUAUUUUAGGCAGAAUUAUUAUUAUUGCAGCAGGGCUCGGUUUGAGUACAUGCACCAGUAUGGACAGCACCUUGUGACCCUGGGAAGGUAGAACAUGACUCAGAGUUCCUGUCACUGAAAGCUGGCUUUCACAAAGCUCUGAGAGGAAUGUCUUCCCACCAUAGGACAGCAGCACAGAGAUUGGAAGCUGGUUGGCUCUGAGUGUUGCCGAGCCAAUUUGUCACUGUCACAUCAGUUCUCAGUGGAAAAGGCAUCUGAGGGGAGCGGCACUGUGGCUCAUCCAGGAUGAAGCAACAUUACCAAGACAUUGCUAAAAUAGUUGCUUUCAUGAAGAGAGAAAUACUUCCAGCUGCCCAGAUCCUCUAAACUGUGACAAGCACCAUUAUUUUUUGGGAUGAAACUUCCUGCCUUCUGCUUUGAUUGGAGCACCUUAUGCUAAUAGUACAGAAGGUGAAAGAAGUUGGUUUACUAAUUAGUUACAGAACUGAAUGUGUCUGUGUUCCACCACCCAACAACAAGAUGCUGCUGCCAACCACUCUUAGUGUUAUUCACACAGCGGUGCUUUCCUCCUCCUCCAUGCCCUUGGCCAGAACAACAGGUCCUGGUGGGAGCCCCAGGAAUCAGCCUGGAGCCUGGUAACUCAAGGAGAUCACAGAAUCAAUUAGAUAAUCAAUUUCAACCUGACAUCACCAUGUCAACCAGUGAGUGGUGAGUGUCAUGUCCUCUCUUUCCACAAACACCUCCAGAUGGUGACUCUACCACCUCCCUGGGCAGUCCACUCCAAUGUCUAAUCAUCCCUUCCGCAAAGAAAUUCAUCCUAAUGUCCAACCUGAUCUUCCCUUGGCUUUAAGACUGUGUCUUCUUGCCCUAUACCCGGCUGCUGGGGAGAAGAAGCCGACCCUGGCUACAACAGCCUCCUUGUGCACAGCUUAGGACAAGCCCACUGCUGCUCCCUUCUGCAGCUGGGCACUCGGCCCUGGCUUUACCCUCAUGCCUGCUGAGGUUUGUAAGCAAACCAGCCCGGCUGUAGCCUACAGGUGAGUGUUGCUCAGGGUAGGACAGCCUUGAGGCCAUGGCCAUCGCUUGACAGAGUUCAAGAAGUAUUUGGAUGACAGUCUCAGGCACACAGUGGGGUUCUUGGGGUUGUCCUGUGCAGGGCUGAGAGAUGGACUCCAUGGGUCUCUUCCAGCUCAGGAGAUUCUGCGAUUCUCCUGGGCUGCCGCUCACGACCAAGAUGGGAGGCCUCUCCUGGGGUGUGAUCCAGCCCUCCCUCAGCCUAUGUCCGUGUGCAUUCCCUCGUGUGCCCGUCCCCACUGAUAUGCCCGCCUGUGGCAGUGCCAAGAGAAUGGUGCCAGACUCUUCGGUGGUGCCCAGAGACAGCAGGAGGAGCAAUGGCCAUAACUAAAGUCCAAGAAAUUCCACCUCAGCGUGAGUAAGAACUUCUUUACGUUGAGGGUAGCAGAGCACUAAAACAGACUGCCUAGGGAGGGCGUGGAGUGUCCCUCUCCGGAGACAUUCAAAACCCGCCUGGACGCGUUCCUGUCACCUGCUCCAGGUGAUCCUGCUUUGAGCCGGAGUGAUCCGCACAGCUCCUUCCAGCCCAAACAAUUCUGGACUGCGUGCCGCGGCGGGGCGGUCUGGGCUGGGGGGGCGGCCGCCCUCCCUCUCUCCCAGCUUCCCUUCCUCCCUCCCUCCUUUCCUCCCUCCCUCCUUUCCUCCCUCGCUCCCUCCCCUCCCUGGGCGGACCGGAGGCGGCUGCGGGAGCCGCUCCGUCCCCGCUCUGCCGGCGCUCUGUGGUUUAAGAUGGCGGCGGGGGCUGCGGGGGCGAGCCCGUGAGCCCCAGCCCGGAGCGCCGCGGGAGCCGCCGGCAGCGGCCGCGGGAGGACCGGGGCGCGCCUGCCGGGCCGGGAGCGGCGGGAGCGGCGGGAUGUGAGCGCGGCCCGCCAUGGGGCAGCAGGUGGGCCGCGUCGGGGAGCCGGGCGCGGGGCUCCAGCACCAGCCGCCGCCGCAGCAGCAGCAGCAGCCGCGGGGACUGCGGGGGAGCAGCGCGGCCAGGCCGGCGGGCCGCCGGCGGGAGGCGUCCGGGCGCUCCGCAGAGGGAGGAUUCAACGUCUUCACCCAGCACGAGGCCCUGCACCGCCCCUACGGCUGCGACGUUGAGCCCCAGGCCCUGAACGAAGCCAUCAGAUGGAGCUCCAAGGAGAACCUGCUCGGAGCCACUGAGAGCGACCCCAAUCUCUUUGUUGCACUUUACGAUUUUGUAGCAAGUGGAGACAACACACUCAGCAUCACCAAAGGUGAGAAGUUGCGAGUUCUGGGUUACAACCAGAAUGGUGAAUGGAGUGAGGUACGUUCGAAGAAUGGGCAGGGCUGGGUCCCCAGCAACUACAUCACACCAGUGAACAGCCUGGAGAAGCACUCGUGGUACCACGGGCCGGUGUCGCGCAGCGCCGCCGAGUACCUGCUGAGCAGCCUCAUCAACGGCAGCUUCCUGGUGCGCGAGAGCGAGAGCAGCCCGGGGCAGCUCUCCAUCUCGCUCAGGUACGAAGGACGCGUUUACCACUACAGGAUCAACACCACCUCCGAUGGCAAGGUCUAUGUGACAGCAGAAAGCCGUUUCAGCACGCUGGCAGAGCUGGUGCACCAUCACUCGACGGUGGCAGAUGGCCUGGUGACAACUCUGCAUUACCCAGCACCCAAGUGCAAUAAACCCACCGUGUAUGGGGUGUCCCCCAUCCACGACAAGUGGGAGAUGGAGCGCACCGACAUCACCAUGAAGCACAAGCUCGGGGGAGGCCAGUAUGGAGAGGUCUACGUGGGGGUCUGGAAGAAAUACAACCUCACAGUGGCUGUGAAAACGUUAAAGGAAGAUACCAUGGAGGUGGAAGAGUUCUUGAAAGAAGCUGCUGUGAUGAAGGAGAUCAAGCACCCAAAUCUAGUGCAGUUGUUGGGUGUGUGCACGCUGGAGCCCCCGUUUUACAUCGUGACGGAGUACAUGCCCUACGGGAACCUGCUGGACUACCUGCGGGAGUGCAACCGCGAGGAGGUCAGCGCCGUGGUGCUGCUCUACAUGGCCACCCAGAUCUCCUCUGCCAUGGAGUACCUGGAGAAGAAGAACUUCAUCCACAGGGACCUGGCAGCACGGAACUGCUUAGUUGGAGAAAACCACGUGGUGAAGGUGGCUGACUUUGGCUUGAGUCGACUCAUGACUGGUGAUACCUACACAGCCCAUGCUGGGGCCAAGUUCCCAAUCAAGUGGACAGCUCCUGAGAGCCUGGCCUACAACACCUUUUCAAUCAAAUCAGAUGUGUGGGCCUUUGGGGUGCUGUUAUGGGAAAUUGCUACCUAUGGGAUGUCACCGUACCCAGGCAUUGACCUCUCUCAGGUGUAUGAUCUGCUGGAAAAGGGCUAUCGGAUGGAGCAGCCGGAGGGCUGCCCUCCCAAGGUGUACGAACUGAUGAGGGCAUGCUGGAAGUGGAACCCUCCAGACCGACCUUCCUUUGCUGAGACCCACCAGGCUUUUGAAACCAUGUUCCACGACUCAAGCAUCUCAGAGGAGGUAGCAGAGGAGCUUGGAAGAACAGCCUCGUCCUCAUCCAUAGUUCCUUACCUGCCCCGCCUACCCAUGCUCCCCUCCAAGACAAGAACGCUGAAGAAGCAGGCAGAGAACAAGGAGAACAUUGAGGGAGCACAGGACACCGUGGAGCACUCGGCCUCCAGCUCAGCACCAGGUUUCAUCAGAAGCACACAGCCCACAGGCGGGUCCCCCGCACUGCCCCGCAAGCAGAGGGACAAGUCCCCCAGCAGCCUCCUGGAGGAUGCCAAAGAGACCACGUUCACCAGGGACAGGAAAGGGGGCUUCUUCAGCUCCUUCAUGAAGAAGAGGAAUGCUCCCACGCCUCCCAAGCGCAGCAGUUCCUUCCGGGAGAUGGAGAACCAGCCCCACAAGAAAUACGAGCUGACGGGUAACUUCUCCUCUGUCGCUUCCUUGCAGCACGUGGACGGGUUCUCCUUUGCUCCCGCGCAGCAGGACACGAGCCUGGCACCCCCCAAGUGCUACGGAGGGGCCUUUGUGCAGAGGGCCUUCUACAGCGAGGAGGGCACUGGGCCCAGCGGUGCUGGGGCUGUGAGCACUGGUGGAGGGUGGUCGGGCAUCACUGGCUUCUUUACGCCACGCUUGAUUAAAAAGACGCUGGGUUUACGAGCAGGAAAACCCACUGGCAAUGAAGAAGCUUCAAAGCCUUUUCCAAGGUCAAACUCUACAUCUUCCAUGUCCUCAGGGCUUCCAGAGCAGGAUAGGAUGGCAAUGACCCUUCCCAGAAAUUCCCAGAGGUCAAAAAUCCAGCUGGAACGGACUGUGUCCACCUCCUCCCAGCCCGAUGAGAGCACAGGGAGGGCCAGUGACCUGAUUCCCAAAAGGUUUGAAGAAGGCCCUGCUUUGACCAGAGAGAGACCAAAAGCAAAACUCUUGCCAAGGGGAGCCACGGCGCUCCCUUUCCGAACUCCCUCCGCAUCGGAAGAAAAGGAGGGUCCAGGGCUAGUGGCAGCUCCUAAGGGCAAAGAAAAAAACAGCGGCCCACGACAAGGGGCCCUUGAGGAUGGCGAGAGGCCGGGGUGGUCGUCUCCGGUAAAGGCUGCAGCAAUACUUCCAACCACUCAUAACCACAAAGUGCCAGUCCUAAUCUCACCCACUCUAAAACACACUCCAGCAGACGUGCAGCUCAUUGGCACAGACUCUCAGGGUAAUAAAUUUAAGCUCUUAUCUGAGCAUCAGGUCACUUCUUCCGGCGACAGGGACCGGCCCAGACGGGUAAAACCAAAGUGUGCUCCACCUCCCCCGCCGGUGAUGCGGCUCCUGCAGCAGCCAGCUGCCUGCUCGGAUGCAGCAGAGGAGCCGAGCGGCGUGGUGGGAGCGCAGCACGGACUGGAAUGCAGCGAAGGGAGUAAGAAGGCAGCAGCAGCAGCAGCACCUGUCAGUGGAAAAUCUGGGAGGCCCGUGAUGCCUCCGCCCCAAGUGCCUCUGUCAUCGUCUUCCACGUCCCCGGUGAAAAUGGCCAACGGCACGGCCAAGGUAGCGCUGAGAAAGACCAAACAGGCAGCCGAGAAAAUCCCCGCGGACAAGAUCAGCAAGGAGGCGCUGCUGGAGUGCGCCGACCUCCUCUCCAGCGCCAUCGCCGAGCCCACGCCCAACAGCCAGCUGGUGGACACGGGGCACCAGCUGCUGGAUUACUGCUCAGGCUACGUGGACUGCAUCCCGCACACGCGCAACAAGUUUGCCUUCCGGGAAGCCGUGAGCAAACUGGAACUCAGCCUGCAGGAGCUGCAGGUGUCCUCGACAGCUGCCGGCGUCCACGGGGCGAACCCCGUCCUUAAUAACUUAUUGUCAUGUGUCCAAGAAAUCAGUGAUGUGGUGCAAAGGUAGCUACUGUCAAUCUGGGUAAGAGAAACACACACGGGGAGGGCGGGACUGUUUUUCUGUACUGAUGCUUUCAAAAGGAAAGACUGAUACUUGAGUAUGUGAAGUACCUCAGAUCACUGAGUUCUCCUCACGUUUACAGGUUCAUCUCAAAAGAUUGGGGAUGGAGAGGGUAGAUUAAAGCUGUAAGGGGCAGAACAUCAAGGAUCUGUCCCUACCUAGUCAGGCUGAUCUGCUUGGUAUGGCAAGGGAAAGAAGGUUCCUUCUCCUUCCCUGGAGAGGCAGGAGAACCGAUGGCAGGUUCUGCCUCUGGGCAGGACGGUGAUGACAGCCGGAGUGCUGGGGUGGCUGCGGCUGCCUGGCUGCACAGAGCCUGCCCUGGCUGCACUCACCUGUGCUUUGCUGUCCUGCCAAGGCUGAGGAAAGGCACUGGGGCUCUGCUGGUACCACCAGCAGAGCAGCCGGAGCGGCUCCGGCGGGGAGUCGUGUGCAGCUGAGGGAAAGGUCUAAUGCACUGACAGUAUUCAGAGCUGCUGGAGGUGGAUGCACUGGUCUGGAUGGCUUGACUUCCACAGCGCUGUUGCUGCUGUAAUGAGAACUGCAAAAUUAGUUAAUAUAUGAAACUGUCCCUUUUCCCUCCCGUCCACCUCAUCCACCACGUUCUCAUCGUCAUUGGAUUGGAAGCGUCAGGGAUGCUGGGCAGACUUACCACUGGAAUUCCCCUUCCCACCACACAGCCUUCACUCAGCUCGUACCUAUUUCUAGUGGUCUAGCACAGCUGCUGCUUGAUGGUCAUUUUUGAGUAGUUUGGGGCUCUUGCACAACUUGCCAGUGUUGUUGUUAGGGUGGGUGGGCUCUUUCUUUUUUUAAGCUCUAGAUUGUUUUUAACUUGUUACCAGGUUGACUCCCCAGUUCAGUUUGAUCACCGUGAGGACCCUUGGUAGGUAAGGCAGAGCCUCUGUCCCCCUGGCUGUUCUCCACACUCCUUUAGCAGUCACAGCACUGGAGGGCCAGAAAGUACAGCCUAGCCUGCCCACCACUGUCCUUACUGCUGCAGGAUUCCUGCACCUGUCCCUAACCCUUCACACUGCCAGAUUCCUGGGAUUUGUUCUGGUGCUCACCUGUCUCAUGGGCUUUCAGCUUCCCUGCAUCCCACGGUGAUAAAUUGUGGCAGCACACAGGAAACACCACAGGCAUCUCCAUGUUUUUAUUCCCAUAUUUUAAAGGCUAGACCAGAAUCUUGUGCUGUGGUGUAGGGAAGGUGCACAUAACCUGUGCACUCUGCCUGAGGCAUGGCAACAAAGGCUGAGGCUCUACCCUGAAGGGCUCCCACUGGGUCUCCAAUGCCCUCUACCAAUGAGAGCAGCUGAGUGGUUGCCAUUGUCAUCCUUGGUCCUGAUGCUGUUUGCAGACUGUUGUGGCCUCAAACAGCUGCCUGUGUCUGCACACAACUCCCCGAGGUGGAAAUGUUCUGGCAAGUAGAAAAAGCUCAGUUGCUGGUUUAUGAGAGGAAAGGGGCCUGAAACGUGGCUCCAAAUACACCUCACCUGCAUGCUGCUGCUCACUUCACACUGCUGGUGGUAGAGGAUCUUGCUUGCUUUGCACCUUAAGUUUUUGGGGUUUUUUUGCUAAAACACUUUUUAAACUUGUUUUUCAAGUGUGGCUGUGCUGCUUUUAGUCUGAGCAUUUCGAGUGGAGCUGUGGCACAGGUGGGCACUUAGACGAUGGGCACUUCCAUUUCUGUCUAGAAGGACAGGUUGGUGCUUGGAAGCAGGCUGGGUGUCUCAGCAAGUGUCCUUGUUUUUUCCACAGAGUAUAGCGAGACAGGCCUGGAAAAACCUUUAGAAAUGGGCUGGUGUCUGAGAAUCCUCAUUUCAUUACUGGUCUGAGCUAAGCAAAGUUGUUUCAGGGUGCAUGGAGGUACAGCAGAGGAGCAGCAUGUGAGGUACAAGGGACCAGUGAGGUACUGUGGCCCAGUAAAUGAAGGGGUGUGGGGAAAGAACCAAGCAACCCCUUGUGCUGGCAUGUCCUGAUUCCCUGCAGCCCUCAGGGCUGUCCCAGAGCUCUUCACAGGCACAGUACCAGCCCCUUAUCUCCUAGACUUUACUGAGGGCUUUUGUGGUUUACCUUAUCUCUCAGUCAUCUUCAUGGAAGGAGUGCAUCCAAACUAGCUGCCUUUGGAAAGGUGACCUGCAAAGGGAAGGUGGCCUGUGGCAUUGCUUCACAUGGCCUGUCAAACAAUCAGAAGGACUUAGAAGGUGGGGGGCUCUCUUUUCUUUGGGGCAGGAGGGCAGGUCUGGCUUACCCUGGCAGACCAUUACAUGGUUCCAUCAUUGUACUGCUGCUCAGCCUGGGACAAAGGGGCUGGAACUGAAGGGGUUCCAGGGGAAAGGCAUUUUAACCAGAACACGUUAAAGCUUAGCCCAAAUCUGAUGAGUACUUUGAAAGUUUAUUUUUUCCUAAAUGCUAGUCUUCCAGAAAACCUACAGCAAAAGUAGAUAGAAUAGCAAUAUGGAAUUUCUAACUACUCAAACUCCCCUCUUGCAGCCCUUUCUGAAGAAAGCAGCUGUGUCCCAAUGAACCCUGGCUAUCCCCACUUCCUUUCAGAGGCCCCAUUUUCUCCUUGCCCCUGCAGCAGAGAUGGGCAGGGACAGGGCAGCAUCCAACUGCUUUUCCAGAGUCACAGAAUGGCUGAGGUUGGAAGGGCCUUCGGAGGUCACCUGGUCCAAACACUCUACCCAAGGGCCACCAAGAGUCACCUGUGGGGACCAUGUCCAAGCAGCGUUUGGGCAUCUCCAGGCACAGAGGCUCUGCAGCUUCUGUGCCCAACACAGGAGCUGGUUUAGUUAUGACCCCUCCUGUGACUCAAAAACAGAGGCCAGUGGAAUUUGGGGAUUCACCUGUUGUCACUCAUGCAAAGUGUUUUCUCUGCUCUUACCCAUCAUCCAACAUCAGGCAGAUUGUGGCAGAGGUAGUGCUGACUUGACAGGGUUUUUUUCCCCUAAAUUGAAGGCUGCAGAAUUGCUGGGACUGCUGCUGCCCUAGAGUGUUUUAUUCCCAAACUGCAAUGUCCCCCUGUCCUCUAGAAGGAUAGUAAAAGGAUGCUCUCUGGGAAAGCUGGUUCUGCUGUAAUUUACCAUCCACUUGUUCUUCCUUCCACAGCUACUCCUAAAACUUUUACCAUUCCCUUUCCCUUUAGCUGGGUCUGGCUUUCUCUUCAGCCUUAAAGGUCUCCACUGUGGCCAAUUCUCUGUUUUCAGCCAGAUGUGCAAAGGAACCUGUGGGUGCUGAUACCAUUAUUUGUCCCAGUGAAGAGCACUUCGUGCUCCAUGGUUUGGGCCAGGGGACAAGGCAUAAAUCCUGUUGUUUCUUUGCCUCAGUAUUGUCAGACAGCUGGGGGGCACAGCUGGAGCUGGGCUUUAAAUUCUGGCUGCUGAAAUAGGCCAGAAUUUAAAGUCUUUGCCACAGGGAUGGCACCCACCAAGCCAAGCACAAUGCUCAGAGUGAGCUCAGGGGGCACUUUGCUCUUGCUACCACUGUGGGAAUUAGCUGAUCCACAGGUGCAAUUCUCUCUUCUUCCUGCACUGUACACCCUUCUUAACCCCCAAGUGGUGCACUUGAUUUAGUCAUGGUCUUCAUUAGUGUGGGCAGGGGUGAAGCUGAGCUCAGUCUGGGUCUUGGGACUGCACCAAACUCAGCCAGUGGCAAAGGGGAACUGAAGGGAGCAGCGCGGCUGCUGCAGAGCACAGCAGGGAGGGAGGGAGGGCUGUGCUUGUCCUCCUCAGGACAUCUCUCCUGGGUGCCACUGGCCUCGUGACUGUGAGCCACACACAAGUGUUGGCAUUGUCAGGGUGCUUCUGCAGGAGCUGUGGGGCACAGGGAACCAAACCCCACAGUGGAGACAGAGCAGAGGGGGGUGGGUCACACUGUGCAACCUCAGAGCAAUCCCAGCCCCCACGGCCUGCCUGAGGCAGCCUUUUCCUCUGGGCAUCCGCAGCUGACAGGCACCAGGGACUCCAGAGGGUGCUGGUUACAAACCCAGCAGUGCUGCCCUCUCGUGUGACACGCUCAGCUCAGCCCUGCUGCUCACCAGGAGCUGCAAGGUGGAAACUGCAGCAUGUGUGGAACCUCCCCGGGGUUGUGCUGCAGCUCCCUGGGAUGCAGAACAAAGCCCUCAGCCCGUUCUCUGGUGGUAGGAAACAGGAGGUUCUGGGACACUGCCUUGUUUCUCACGGCUCCACGCUGAGCAAUGUCUGUACCAAAGGAGGUCGUUCUUCCCCGUGUGUCUGCUGUGCACAGGAGGAGCCCGCUGGGCUCACACGGCACUGUUUGUAUUGGGAUUGAGGGCAGGAAUGGAUUGAAAUGAAACACGUUAAUCACCAAUCACUCUUAGCAGUGUUGUCAACUGUUUUUGUUUUUUUAAUUGUUAUUGUAAUAUAUUUUGGUUGUUUUUCUAAUUUAAUUCUCUCACUAUCGUCUGACUGUGAACUGCGAACAGUGUUAAACUUGAUGUAAAUAAGGCCCUUGGAAGGGCCUCUUUGCCUGUCGUUCCACAAAGUUUUGCCAAUUUGCAUUUUGUUUUAAAUAAAGGUUGCAAUAUUUUAUUGGCAAAAAGCA